GUGGGCACGCGCCUGGUGGCCAGAAUCCACGGCCUGGCCCGGGUAGUCUUGCAGGCCGGGUAUCCGGGGGCGGAGAGCAAAGCCAGAGGCGAGGGAGUGGGAUUUUUUUUUAAAAAUACAAUGUCUAAUGGUUAUGAAGACCACAUGGCCGAAGACUGCAGGGAUGAUAUCGGGAGAACAAAUUUGAUUGUCAACUACCUCCCUCAGAACAUGACCCAGGAUGAGUUACGAAGUCUGUUCAGCAGUAUUGGUGAAGUUGAAUCUGCAAAACUUAUUCGGGAUAAAGUAGCAGGGCACAGCUUGGGCUACGGCUUUGUGAACUAUGUGACUGCCAAGGAUGCAGAGAGAGCAAUAAACACGCUGAACGGCCUGCGGCUCCAGUCAAAAACCAUAAAGGUGUCGUAUGCCCGCCCGAGCUCAGAGGUCAUCAAAGACGCCAACUUGUACAUCAGCGGGCUCCCGAGGACCAUGACCCAGAAGGACGUGGAGGACAUGUUCUCUCGGUUCGGGCGCAUCAUCAACUCCCGGGUCCUCGUGGAUCAGACCACAGGUUUGUCCAGAGGGGUUGCGUUUAUCCGGUUUGACAAACGGUCGGAAGCAGAAGAGGCAAUUACCAGUUUCAAUGGUCAUAAACCCCCAGGUUCCUCCGAGCCCAUUACAGUGAAGUUCGCAGCCAAUCCCAACCAGAACAAAAACGUGGCGCUGCUCUCCCAGCUGUACCACUCACCGGCUAGACGGUUCGGAGGCCCCGUGCACCACCAGGCACAGAGAUUCAGGUUCUCCCCUAUGGGUGUAGAUCACAUGAGUGGGCUUUCUGGUGUCAAUGUCCCGGGCAACGCUUCUUCGGGCUGGUGCAUCUUCAUCUACAACCUUGGUCAAGAUGCCGAUGAGGGAAUCCUCUGGCAGAUGUUUGGCCCCUUUGGUGCGGUUACCAAUGUGAAAGUGAUUCGCGACUUCAACACCAACAAGUGCAAAGGCUUUGGCUUUGUGACCAUGACAAACUAUGAAGAGGCCGCAAUGGCCAUAGCAAGUCUGAACGGCUACCGCCUGGGGGACAAAAUCUUACAGGUUUCCUUCAAAACCAACAAGUCCCACAAAUAACUCGCUCAUGCUUUUUUUGUACGGAAUAGAUAAUUAAGAGUGAAAGAAGUUGAAACUUUUUUGUUAGUGUACAACUCAUUUUGCGCCAAUUUUCACAAGUGUUUGUCUUAGUCUAAAUGAGAAGUGAAAAGGUUUUUAUACUCUGGGAUGCAACCGACAUGUUCAAAUGUUUGAAAUCCCACAAUGUUAGACCAAUUUUAAGUUUCUUAAGUUAUUUCCUUUAAAAUAUAUAUUAAACAGAAGUCUCAGUAGACCGCGUUGCCUGACCAGUCCCUCGGGACGGUGGUGAGACUGAAGCAGGCUUUCACUUCUGAGACUGACACGCGUCUCAUUUGAUGUCUCCACAACUGGAUAGAAAUAAACAAAAACGAGAUAUGACCUUUUAGUUUUAGUUUGGAAACUAAAGAUGUUAGACAGAUGCUGAGUGUGCGUUUGCUCGCCUGCUUCAACAUUUUAAGCGAUUUCUGCUUUGAUUGACAGGAAAUUGCUUUCCCAGGCAGGUCCCAUUGCCGCCUCCUGCUCGCUCAGCUGAGGGGCCCUGGCAACGGCGGCCCGUCUGCCUUGGUGACCCCUGAGGUGGGGGGCCCGGGCCGGGCCCUGCAGAGGACGCAAGUGGGUUCCCGUAAGCCCAGGCGCCAAUGGGAACGGACCAAAGAGUUUCAGGGAAACUCCAGUGUAUUCCAGAGUCAGAUCUCAGCUCCAGGCACGCCUGAAGAUGUGUUGCUCCUCUGACUUCCCGAAUUUCUGUCCACACAUUGCAUGCACGGUGCCCCACACAUCGGAUUCUGUUGUUCACAAUCAUUUCUCCAGUUUCCAAGAGCAUUGAACACGGCUCGAAUGCGUUAAGAUAGCUCUGUUUUUUAAUGACCCAGAAACAUUUGAGCAUUGUAUUUCUCGCAUCCCUUCUCGUGAGCGCUAGACUUUCUUCUAUUUUAGUCGGGUUUUGUUUUGAAACUUUGCUUUCCUAUGAACACUCAGCAGAAAAGUUACUUACUUCCUGCCAGUUACCUGUUAACAACAACGACAAAAACCCUUUGAUUUGUAGUUUUAAAGAUUAACCCUCCAAGUUCUCUUCAUAACUGCCUUGAAAUUUGGGUUGUUCUGUUAAUUUUCUUUUGCUUUUUUUGUGUUUUUUGUUUGUUUUUACUUUUGCAUUUAAGACCAUUAAAUUUGAUUUUGUUUUGCUCGAAUUUUGUUUUGUUUUUUAUUUUACCUUUUCUUUCUUUUUGGCUAGGUAAGGUACAGACUGCCCAGCCUUCAGGGAGGAUUUAUAAGAUCUUAAGAAACAGAUGUACUUGCCUCACGACAGAGCUGUGACGUGGGCCUGUGCAGUCACAGAUGGUGUUGUUGACAGCAGGGAGCCAGCAGGGAGAGUAUGAGGGAGGCCUGAGAAGUGAGCGGGCAGGGCCAGGUCUCCAGGCCGCUCCUCAGGAGCACGCUCUGAUUUUUAGAAAUAAUAAGUGUGUGAGGGAAUCAAAACAGGAUAGCUUAGUACCAGCAGCUUUUAACCUCGACGUGAGACUGAAACAUGGAACGAUAGGCAAGUUGUAGUUACCGAUGUCAUGGAAUUGUGGCAUUAUUUAUCUAUUUAUCUAUCUAUUUAUUUAUUUAAGUGGCCUUCACCGGAGCGGCACAGUGUCCCAAGAGGCCCCUGGGCCUGUCCCCACCCCGUUUCCCUCCUACUUCAUUGAGAGGCUGCCAGCUGCUUGCAUUACCCUCCCAAAUGUAAGAUGUUGCCAUAUUUUUCUCUCACAAAGGGCCAACCAAGUUCAUACCUUGAGGCCUGGUCUCAUAAGUUGGCUGAGUGCCAGGGGAGGUCCCCUCCCUCCAGCAGAAUUUUCCAGAUGCUAAGUCAAAGCCAGCUUAUGUGCCUCCUCCUGGAACCAAGGCUCGUUUGCCUGGAUUUGACACAAAGAAGGUCCCUGCUCUGCCCUAGAGUGCUCUUCACCCCGGGACUGGGAUGCGUUCCUGGAAAAAUAUGCCUUUUAGGUUUUGCUAGCCUCGGGCCAACAUCUCAAUGAAGAUGACAUUCCCAGGUCUAAAAGUGACCCAUAAGUGUCCUCACUGACACACGUUCCUGCCAGCCCUGCUAGUGUUGUACGUCUGUCGAGAAUUCUGUUGGAAGCAUAGACUGAAAUGACGGGCCCACAGCCAGCACCUGCCGCAGCUUCUGUCCUCCCUUCUCUUAUUUGAACCAUACUACUACCCUGAUGCUGGCACAGAUGGGAAGGAACCAGGAAGUAUGUAUGAUGGAACUUUGAAAGUUGCCUGGAGUUUCUCAGUUCAGUAAGCUGCUCGUUUUACGUGGUGCCCACUCUGCGCAGCCUUCUAGCUAAAAACCCCAGUGUUUCUUUGGGACUUUUAAUUUUCAAGUGUGUGGAAGUAUUUUACUUUUGACAUGUUACUCCUGAAAAAUAAUUGUCCAGGGAAGUGCCAGAUGCUGGCCUGUGUCCAAAAAGUUCAUCACAUCUUCUCUAGGCUUGUUUGCAAAAAGAAGAUCCCAGUUUCUGAAACCACAAUCUAGAAGAAACUGUUUGAAACAAUUUUUUUUAACAUAGAUCAAUCAUAUUUGUGCUUCGUAAAAUGAAUGCUCUCCUUUUACUUGGGAAUUUUGAUGAGAAAGAAUUAAGAGUAGAUGAUGUUAAUUUAUCUAAAGUUUGGUUUGGUACAUAAAUACCAAAGAGGCUCUGACGGCGUUCUCUCUUGGCCUGUGUGACUUCCCCUGAUAGGCCUUCAGCAAGCGGCUCCAAAUCUGUGAACCUGGUUCUGACUGAGUUACCGAUUUUUCACCCCUUGGCUCUGCCUUUCUUUAGCCUUUCGAUGUAACAUGCCAAGCAGUGGUUUUCUGCAGUGGCUGUGCCUCCAGCCACACGUCCUGUGGCAGGGAUUCCCCCCAGUGCCACCUGCUUGCCAAAAAAGCUGAACGCUGGGCUUUCUCAGCCUGUGGGCAGGUGGUGCUGGGUGAGUUCCACCUUCUUUAUUCCCAGAAGGUGAGUCUUUCCCCUGCCAAGGGCAGCUGCCUUAACCUUUGAGAAUCCGCUCUUGGUGUCAGCGCUGGCAACCCAGGGGCCAGGGUCUGAACCGUGCUGCUCUAGGGAAGGGGGUGCCCCGCUGGGUCAGACAGACAGGUGACUCCAAAGACAGUUACUGGCAAUAACUUACCCUGGGUUGCCUCCAGACUAGGGCCAUGGACCGGCCCCCGUCGGCUUCCAGCCUUGAACGUCAGAAUUAACACCUCCCAGCUGUUCUGUUUCACAUCCGAUUCCGCCUGGCUUGACCUCUGUGCUUUUUGCAGCCUUCAUGGGUUGGAUAGCAGAGAAUAAGAAUAAGCAGCCGGGGGCCUCUUUCCCCGACCCCCGCGCCGCAGCCCUCCACCUGAAACCCUUCCUAUCUUCCCAGGACCUCUGGCACCUCCUGGGACCUGAGGCAGCUCCUCAGGAAGCCCCUCCUGCUGUCCCUCAGCGCCCCAGGCCUGGCCCCAGCUGAAGCCACCAGUGCUUUCUGUGAAUGGGCGCCGGUGACUGGCACCUGCUCACGGUAGCGGUGGGGCCUGAAUCCCCGACCUCUGGCAGGGUUUGUGUGUCCACACCUUGGGGUUUGCCUGUGACUUCUAAUGAUUGUAUUUUUCCACAACCCUUUGGUGACAAAGUUCAGUUUUCUGCUUGGUCAUUACAACAAAUAAAUAAAUCACUACUUGUCAGUCACCGCGAGGAGCUCAGGUAGGCUGACUGAUGGCUUGAGCGGCGACUCGAGAGACUGUAUUUCACUUCCACCAGGAGAGAAGGCUUGUCCGUGGUUGGGGCCACCUCUUUACCAUGUAACGCUUGUUUACAGUGACUUGCUCGGGGGUGGGGGGGCACUUUACCAACUGGUUCCCAUGUUGUACAGUAGAUGGCCAGACGUUUUGUAUAUUAGUGUGUUUUAAGUUAUUGAUUUGUUUUAUAUAAAAUAAUUUAUUUUUCAGGUACCAUUUUUCAUUUUAACUUUGUUUUUACAUGGGUUUGUUUUCAAUAAAGUAUGACACUGCUGUGCAAAGCCGCCGGUGAAGUGGGUCCCAUUGUGUUCUUUGGAGGAUGCUUAUGUAAUUAGCUUUCAAAAAAUUUUUUUUGUUUUUUGGUUUUUUUUUUUUAUUUUCAGGGAAAAAGUCCUCAGUUUUCCAUUUCCCCAAUUCGCCUUUUUAUCCUUGUGAAUAAAUGUUCUUUAGUGUUUUAGGAGGAAAAAGCAAACCUAGAUUUUGAUAAUCCAGAAGAUUUCAGAUUAAUAAAGAAGCUUUGAAAGAAGACCAUUUUUCAAAAUUUUAGUGAAGUGUGAAUAUUUUUUGUCAAUGGCUUUCUCAAAGAGAAUGAAACUUUUGCACCAUUUUCAGAGUUUUUAUAGAGAUGCCAAAUUGAUAUAUUUACAUGUAAUGGAAACAUGAAAAAGUUUUAUUAAACAAUUGUUCAUA